CGUUCACUUUACACCUGUAAAUUGAGCGGAACAUUAUUUUAGAAUAGCCGAUCAAUACCAUCAGCUAUAUAAUCUAUAUACUCUGUGUGUCAGGCUCCAUUCCAUCUCCAUUUAUUAAAUUUUAGAUAGUUGCUUACUUAAAACAGCUCUGAUCUACUAGCUUUACUCUUCAAUAUUUCAUUAUUUUUUGUUCUGCUGUUUAAUUCAAAUGGAACAGAAAGCGCAAGAGAUAUUUAGGAUUGUGUAUCCCUGUGGUGCCUGUAAGAUUCAACGGAGAAAAUGUGGACAUAAAUGUGUGCUUGCUCCCUAUUUCCCACCAAACGAUCCUCAUAAAUUUUUACUAGUGAACAAAUUAUUUGGAACAAGCAGGAUUGUCAAAAUCCUUCAGGAUAUUCCGGGUGAGAAAAGAGCAGAUGCAGUAACCAGCAUGGUAUACGAAGCAAGUGCGAGAGUGCAUGAUCCAAUCUACGGCUGCACUGGUACAAUUUGUCUACUACAGAAACAAAUAUUAGACCUGCAAUCACAACUGGCAAUGACACGAGCCUAUCUCGUGAAUUUGCAGGCGAAUCUUUUGUCUCUCACGACUGGAUUUUAUAAUGGGUGUGAAGCAGGAACUACAUCGGACGUCACCCAGAAUUUGGUACAGCAUAAUAAUGAUGACAUAACAGUUUUUCAAGGUGAUCAGAAUCUGAUUGGAUCGGAAGACAUGAUCUGGUCUUUUUAAUCAAGAAAUCUUAUUGUUGUUUUACAUAUCAUUUCAGUUAU